AUGGCAUUGCCCUCGAAGAUCCUGAUUGUUGGAGGUGGUAUCUUCGGACUAUCUACCGCCAUAUCUCUGAGCAAACGCCAUCCAAACGCUCAAAUCACACUCAUCGAAUCCGCACCCACAAUUCCAAACCCGCAUGGCUCCUCCGUAGAUAAAAGCCGUAUUGUGCGCGCAGACUACGCAAACAGCGCAUACUCUAAGCUCGGAGCAGCCGCAAUCCAGAAGUGGCGCAAUACACCCUGGGGUGAAGAGGGUCGUUACACGCAGAAUGGUCUGUUACUGGUAUACCCCGGUGACAGCGCCAGCGCAAAGGAGUACGCGCGGAAGAGUUAUGCGAAUGUACGAGAGAUCGAGGGUGACAACGUUGUCUUCUUACCAACCAAGAAGGAUGUUCUGAGUGUUGUACCACCGUACGGAGAGACAUUAGAUGUUGCAGGUGGGUAUGUGAACUGGGGAUCUGGGUGGUCUGAUGCAGGUGCGAGUGUUGCAUUUGCGAAGAAGCUACUCGAUGAAGAAGGGAAGGUAGUUUUCCGUCAUGCCGAUGUGAAACGUGUACUCUUUGAAGAAUCCAAGGACAAGGGUUCAGAGAAUAAGAAGCCUCGUGCUAUUGGUGUUGAGUUGGAGGAUGGCUCGAAUGUCUUGGCUGAUUUGGUUGUCCUCGCGACGGGUGCAUGGUCAUCUCGUCUUGUGGAUCUACGUGGAAAGGCUGUUGCGACAGGUCAAGCUAUCGCUUAUAUCAAGAUUAGCGAUGCUGAGCAGCGCGAGCUGGAGAACUUGCCUACUAUCUUGAACUUCGCGACGGGUAUCUUUAUUAUCCCGCCACGGGAUAACUUGCUUAAGAUUGCGCGUCAUGCGUACGGAUAUCGGAAUCCUGUUACGGUGCCGGUUCCUGGGACUGUGCAGUCUGGUAAGACCAUGCAGGUUAGUCUGCCUGAGAAUGGAGUGCCGGUGCCGUUGGAAGGCCAGGAGGCGUUCCGGGUUGCGUUGAGACAACUUCUACCGCGGUUUGUGGAUCGGCCGUUUGCUGAUACGAGGAUUUGUUGGUAUACUGACACUCCGGAUGGUGAUUUUAUUGUCUCAUACCAUCCUGCCUAUGAGGGUCUUUUCCUUGCGACAGGUGGCAGUGGACAUGCUUACAAGUUCUUCCCCGUUAUUGGAGACAAGGUUGUGGAUGCACUGGAAGGAAAAUUGGAGCCCGAAUUGCGCAAGCUUUGGGAAUGGACAACCAUGACGCCUACUUCGGAGACCGAGGACCUAUUUGAUGGUGAUGGAAGCCGGUCAGGCGCGCGGGAUUCAAUUUUGAAGGAUGAACUAGCCAAGAGCAGGAAAGCUACCAGGGGUAGUGUUUUAUAG